AUGUCUGGAAUCGGAGACAACUGGACCACUUCCCAGCGCCGUUCUCAGCGCACCACUCGCAGCACUGCCCAGGGAGGUCAAGACUUCACCGAAGAAAUCAACGAAGACAUCUUGUCCACCGAUCCCAACUCCCAAGCUCAGAGAUGGGAGUCCAAGAAGUACGCCCAACGUACUCACUUCGACGACCAGACCGAGGCUGGCGGCAUGGGCUCCGCCGGCUCCCGUAACCUGCAGGGUGGCCAAGGUAUGAAAGGCGUCGAGGAUACCUCUCGUUCCGGAGGAACGGGUGGCAUGCAAGAGGAGGAAACUACUGGAGCCUACCCAGGGGCCUCUUCCCAGCGCCAACAGACCUCCAGGGCCACUGAUGAUCCCGGUGAGGGUAUGGCAGGAAUGAGCGGCAAGAGUCAUGGAUAUGAUGACCAAAGCUACAUGACGCAGGACUAUGGAAGGCAGGGAUAUGGAAGCCAUACUGGCCGUGCAGAGCCCCCCGAGAACCAAGAAACUGGUGGUGUGCUCGGCACUCUUGGAGAGAAAGUGAAAGGAGCUAUGGGUGAUGUUAGCAAGAAGGCUUCAAAGCUCAACGAGUAA